CUCUCCGCCCCGCGGGACGCGGCCGUGGGGCAGCCUCGCCGUGAGCAAGCACCGCCCGCGCCCCGGGGCUCCCGAGGGAGGGCAUUACAGUCUCAUCGCAUCGCUGCGGGGCCCGGGAUGGAGCUGGGGCGGCUGGAGUACCUGCAGGCUCUCGUCACCGAGUUCCAGGUGACAGACAGCCCAGAGGCCAAGGAGCAGGUACUGGCAAACCUGGCCAACUUCUCCUACGAUCCCAAAAACUAUGACUACCUACGGCAACUUCAGGUCCUGGAUCUGUUCCUCGAUACGCUCACUGAAGACAACGAGACCCUGGUGGAGUUUGCAAUUGGUGGUCUUUGCAACCUGUGCCUGGAUAAAACUAACAAAGACUACAUCUUGGAGGCAAAUGGGGUAGAGCCCAUCAUCAACUGCCUCUCCAGCUCCAACGAGGAGACGGUCAUGUCGGCUGUCACGACGCUGAUGUACCUGACAACACCACAGUCGCGCCAGCAGACCACAGCUCUCCCAGUGGUGGAGUGCAUGCUUCGCUUCUCUCUCUCAGCCAGCAGAAGGCUAAGCAAUCUGGCAACAGUCUUCCUGGAGGAUUACUGCACGCCACUGCAAGUGGAAGAGGCCAGGAAUCUAAGCAAACACACAGCGGUGGGAAUUCCUCUCCCCAAGGACUGAAGCUGUUGGAGCAGCACAGAGCUGUUGAGAGGCAGGCUUCCCUCUUUUCCCAGGACUCCUCUUUCUGCUCAGCAGGUGUGUGUGUGUCAAGAACAACAUUAAAGAGGGAAACUGGUCAUACCAGCACUGGAUUUUAGUUAAUAAAGAGGAUGGUACAGCACUACCUUGUCAGUCAGGCCAAGCAGGCAGCUAAAACUGCAAGCAAAUAUUUAAAACAGGUCAUGGCUGUCGGAGAGCAGGUUGCCAAGCACAGCCCAGCACCCAGCUUGCACAAAUAACCCUUCCCAGCAAUUAGGGGGUUUUCUGCUUGGGUUAUUGGGCAGCUUAUAUCCAGUUGCAGUUCCUGUCUGAUUUUGCUGCAGAUCUCCUCUUCAAUGUCAACUCAAAUGACUUUGAAACGUCACAUAAACUUUACUCCUCCUGCAGAAAAAAGGUGUUUCCCUGCCCUGGCAGUUUGCGGUUUUACUGCGUCCCUUUGGUACUAAAUGUGCCAUCCUAUCAUCGUGGCAUAGGCACCCAGCUAGUAAAUUGCUACACAGGGCAGGCUGUAGCUAUCCUAUAAAUCAGGAAGUGGAAAGUUGUUUUUCUUUCAUUACCAGUGGUGAGAGAGGUGAAGAUUAAGAAAAGGGCUCAUGGCACUCUGGCACAUGAGAACA